AUGUCAGGGUGGGACGAAGGAGCGGUGUACUACAGUGACCAGGCCCAAUUCCCAGAAUCCGGAUCCGAUGCGGCGGCCGCAACUCCAAGUCGCUACACAAUCCUCCGUAAAUUCAAGGAAUUCAUUCGAAACUUCGAGACUGAGAAAAAUGUUUUUCCCUACCGUGAAAGUCUGGUUAAUAAUCCCAAAUCACUCCUUGUCCACCUGGAAGACCUCCUUGCUUUUGAUGCCGAGCUUCCUUCCCUUCUCCGGUCCUCUCCCUCCGAUCACUUGCCCUUGUUUGAGACGGCGGCAGCGGAGGUGUUGCAGAGUCUGAGGUUGAAGGAGCAAGCAGAGAGUGGGGAAAUGAAGGAGCCGGAGACGAGAGAAGUGCAGAUUUUGUUGAGUUCUAAGGAGGAUCCUGUUUCAAUGCGAAUGCUUGGGGCUCAAUAUAUAUCAAAGCUGAUUAAGAUAGGUGGGAUUACUAUAUCUGCUUCAAGGGUUAAGGCAAAGGCAACUUAUGUCAGUCUAGUGUGUAAGAAUUGUCAGAGCACAAAGGAAGUUCCAUGUCGACCGGGCCUUGGUGGGGCAAUUGUGCCUCGUUCAUGUGACCAUGUUCCUCAGCCUGGAGAAGAACCAUGCCCCAUUGAUCCUUGGAUUGUGGUUCCUGAUAAGAGCAAGUAUGUUGAUCAGCAAACCUUGAAAUUGCAAGAGAAUCCCGAGGAUGUCCCUACUGGAGAGCUUCCAAGAAACAUGCUUCUCUCAGUGGAUCGGCAUCUUGUUCAAAGAAUUGUACCUGGCACGCGAUUGACCAUCAUAGGGAUUUAUAGUAUUUUUCAAGCAGCCAAUUCAUCAACCUCCCAUAGAGGAGCAGUUGCAAUUAGACAACCUUAUAUAAGGGUAGUUGGAAUAGAAGAAGUAAACGAGGCCAGUUCUCGAGGUCAUGCAGCUUUCACCAUAGAAGAGGUAGAAGAAUUCAAAAAAUUUGCCUCGAGAACAGAUACAUAUGAAGUCAUAUGCUCCAAGAUUGCUCCCUCUAUAUUUGGAGAAGAGAACGUGAAGAAAGCUGUGGCUUGUCUUUUAUUUGGAGGAUCAAGGAAGAAUUUGCCAGAUGGGGUGAAGUUGAGAGGUGAUAUCAAUGUGUUGCUUUUAGGUGACCCAUCUACUGCUAAAUCACAGUUUCUCAAGUUUGUUGAGAAGACUGCUCCUGUAGCUGUAUAUACUUCCGGAAAAGGCUCAUCAGCUGCUGGUCUUACAGCUUCCGUUGUACGAGAUAACAGCACACGUGAAUUUUAUCUAGAAGGAGGAGCCAUGGUUUUAGCUGAUGGAGGUGUUGUCUGUAUAGAUGAGUUUGACAAAAUGAGGCCAGAGGAUAGGGUGGCUAUUCAUGAAGCCAUGGAGCAGCAAACAAUAUCCAUUGCAAAAGCAGGGAUAACAACUGUUCUCAAUUCUAGGACAUCAGUGCUUGCUGCUGCCAACCCUCCCUCAGGUCGUUAUGAUGAUCUCAAGACUGCACAGGAGAAUAUCGAUUUACAGACAACCAUUCUUUCUAGAUUUGAUUUAAUCUUCAUCGUGAAGGAUAAAAGAGACUAUGGUCGAGAUAAG